AUGACUCCAACAGCAACUGGUAAUACUCAGUCGUCAGCAAGUAUGCAGACUAAUACACAAACAUCAAGUUCAAAGCCUACAAUCGAAACUACGACGAUCUUAGACGAGACUUCAACAACAACUUUCACUACAACAACGAUCACCACAACACAACCUCCUAUUCCAAUAUUUUCUUGUGAUUUUUCUGAUAAUUCAUGUUUUCAAGAUAAUCAAGUAAUCAUUACAAAUGGAGCUUCAUUCACUUCUUCCGAUCUUUCAAAACCACCUCGAGCUCCUCUUUCAGAUGCUGCUUCAAUUAAUGAACCAACAGGCAAUAAUCAGAAAUGUAACUUACCCUACCAAUUAUCUAUUGAUAAUAAUACAAAUACAUCAAAUUGGGAUAUGUGGUUUUGUUACAACAAUACAUGUCCAACAAACGAUGAAGACAUCUCCAAUUGCACUUCAGGUAAUUAUGGUUUGAUUUCUAUUGAACCUUGGGAAACAAAUAAAACAAUCAGUACUGUAAUUAAUGAAAAUAUGAUAACACGUGAUUUAGUUGGAGGAGAACAAUGUCUUUUGUAUUAUUAUUAUAUUACUCUUGAUGAUGGUAUUGAUUAUGGUCAACAACUAUUAGUAUCAAUCAAGCCUGAUAAUAUAAGUGACAGUGUAACAGAAAUCGAUCAAUUAUCAAUUGUUGAUAUGAAAGAAAACCGAUGGCAUCAACGAAAUGUAACAUUUAAUUCGACAUCUACGAGUUAUACAUUGAUAUUUUCGUUUGAAGUGAGAGAUGGUAAUCGAACAGAAAAUGAAGCAAAUAAUAAAACAAUCUAUUUUGCAUUGGAUGAUAUUGAUAUAUAUAAUCGAAAUUGUGAUGAUUUGAUCGAACCAUCGAUCACUUCGACUAUCAUAACAACUAGCGAAACUUCAACAAUAACACCCACACUUACAACAAUUGGUGCUACUAAUCCUCCAACUACACCACCUAGUGAUCUGGGCCUAAUUCUUGGUCUUUCACUUGGAAUUGGUAUUCCAGCUGUGUUGAUCGUAACCAUUGUAGUUAUACUUUUUAUGAAAAAAAAAAAACGUGGCCAUUUAAAUAUAGAUGGUGAAGAUGAAAAUGGUAUUAGAUUGAAACGGAAAGAUGGUCGAGCCGAUAGUGAUAAUUUAACAAGAUAUAUUUACUAA